UUUAAAGCGCGCUAAAAUAAACAUCAGAUUCAGAGAGACAGCCGAGGAGUUGAACUUUGGUACUUUGUUUCAAAUUCAUGUUUGGCAAUUUGGAAGUAAUGUAAACUAUCUUUCAAUGAAGUUGGUGAAAUCAUGGGUCACAUGGCACGCCAUAGCCAUCGCUACACUUCACUACUGCAGUACUUUCGGGGGAAAACAAAUGGCGCACGGUGUCUUCACUCAUCAUGCAGCAGGCAUGGCAGGAGGAAGAACAUGGCAGUGGCACCCCGAAACAACAACAACAUAGCCGAGGAUGUUUAUGAUGGGUUUCAUGCCAACCAAAUGUCAUUUGUGUCAGCUUUAACACCUGUAAAAUUUUGGUUGAACAGCCAACAACCAGUGUUGAACAAAGCGGAAUGUUUACACAAUCACAAACGAAAUGGAAAGUCAUUUGGGCAAAUUGAUUAUGAAAAAUGCAGUUCAGACUGGAGUAACGUAAACAUGAUGAUGAGACGAGGAAUGUCGACAAGCUCAGGUUCAGCUGAGCAGUUUAUCCUCGACAACAGCGAGAUCAGCAGAGAUCAUCUGACUCCGGAGAUUGCGCUGCAUCUGAUGUCACCCUCUUCAAGUGGUCUUUGGGAUGCCUCCAUUGAAGAAAGUUCUGCUGUCUUAAUGGAGAACGGGAUAUCGGAUCCAUUCUGGGCUUUCUACUGGCCAGGAGGGCAGACCCUGACGAGGUAUCUUCUUGACCAUCCAGCUGUUGUUCAAGGCAAACGUAUCUUAGAUGUUGGUAGCGGGUGUGGUGCGAGUGCCAUCGCUUCGGCCAAGUGUGGCGCCAAAUCAGUCCUAGCCAAUGACAUUGAUCCAGUUGCAGUACAAGCUAUCCAACUAAAUGCCACUCUGAACAAUGUCACCAUAGCAACAACAACGAGUAACCUAAUUGGCAGCUUGGACAACCAAUGGGAUGUCGUGUUCCUUGGGGACAUGUUUUAUGACCGAGAAUUCACCAACAUUGUUGUUGAUUGGUUGAAAUAUCUAGCAGCCAAUGAUACACAUGUUUUGAUUGGUGAUCCUGGCAGGUUGUACCUGCAGGAACAUCCAAUCACAGGCCUCCUUACAAAUGUAUUUAAAGUGGAUUUGUCAGACAGCUGCAAAAUGGAGAACAAUGGGAUGACACAGGGCUUUGUUUGGAAGUUAUGUAAUUCUAGGAUUAGGAACAUAUGCAUGAAAUAACAAGUCUGUGAAAAUUUGGACUCAAUUGGUCAUCAAAUUUACAAGAGAAAUAAUGAAAGGAAAAGCAUGCUUAUUUCAUUACCUUGUAUGCAUCCAUCUGUCUAAUAAAAGUCACCUGGAAGUGGUAUUUUUCAAAAUAAAGAUUUUGUCACUAAAAUAUGUGUUUCGACG